AUGACGGCUGCUCCAGACGUGAAACUAAGGUUCGGCCUCGAAGUGGACGGAGGGGUCAGGACACAGCACGAAGGUCCGCAUGAUAGCAAGACGUACGACUUCGGAUGGCGAGUGUCUUGGACGACCUUCGAAGUGACACACGGCCCAGCCCUCGUCACCAUCUUGGACGAUCCAUACCAGACGAAAAUUGACAUGUGCAUUUUCGCCAGUCGCAAAGCCACAGGCAUAGACAUCGAAGAUCCGCUCUUCCCGAUCAGGGCAACUUUGGGUCAAAAGGUCAAGCGCACGUCGCACGAACGUCCGCCACCGACGCCAGCGCCCGGCCAGCGCCGUCCGCCCGACGUCGGUCUUGACAGCAGCACCCAUGGCCAUGAGUUGCCCACGCAUAGCGCGGAGCGCGACCUCCUUGAAUUCUGCCAUCCAACGUCUCCAAGAAGCGACGGCUCUCGGCCAGGACUUCGCUAUUGCGAGCUAGUACUGGCGCGACGACUCGGAGUGGGCGAACUACAUCUGCAGGGCCGCGUGAGGAUCACGGGCAUCGCAUAUGGAGAGCUGUACUUCGCGGAGGACGUCGAAACGAAGGGAGGCUGUGAGUUCGUGCUGAUCCUCGACGAUGGCGAAUCCUCCGAAUACAAAGCCUUCCAGCUCACAGACUGGUUGGCGCACACUCCGCGCGACAUCCUCCGCAAGAACCUCAAGUCCGGCGCGAACCCGACUCGCGGCAGGCUCACGCACAAGAUGCUCGCGCAAGGGCCGAUCAUGGUCCCCGGUGGCGAGGUGCGCAUCGCGGACAGCAUGAACUUCCCGGUGACGACCGUUAGCGCGGCGCACGCCGUCAUAAACCGCGGCGCGAGAUGCACUGGCACCCGUAUGCGGUGGUCGAUGUUCCUGAGCGGGAAGGCGAAGGUGACGGUGUUCACCGUGCAGGCGACGCGCACGUACAAUUUCGUCGCGAGCGACGUCAUGAUCGUCCCACACAACUGCAGGUACUACAUCGAGAACAUCGGGGGUGAGCCCAUCGAGAUGCUCGAGAUCUUCAAGGCGCCAAAGUUUGAGGAGUUCUCGCUGAACCGGUGGCUCGCGGUCACCUCGUCGCACCUCGUUCAGGCGCAUCUGAACGUCGGAGAAGAGUUUACGAAGGCCCUCGACAAAGGCCAUACUCCGAUUCGUGAUGGUCAUGUAGCACCGGACACGGGGUAUGCAGCGCGGAACGCCUCAGGGAAGCCCUCUGCGAAGCUCUGA